AUGGACAUACUCCACAUACCCUUCUACUUUGAACCAGGCCUGGGGUUAUAUGAUAUGGAGAAACGGUUUACAUUUUGGGCGUCCCCAGAAGUUCGAGAAUGGUUCAAAGCCCGCGGAUACACCCUGUAUGAGCGUUGCUGGGAAGAGGAUAUGAUACUCGAUACAUCCAUACCAGCUAUUCCCCCCCAGACUGAUUGCGGUGAAGCCGAGUAUCCUUACGCAUACUUUGACACAGAUUCUGAAGAACCCGAAGAGCCCAAGAUGCCGCUCCGGUCAAGGGACAUGACCGGUAAGGCCGGGUUUGCGCAAGAUGCGUUAGGCCGACAUGUUGCAAUCAAGAUUGUGCGUGCGGACACCGACGAAUAUCGCAUUUUGCGGUUUUUACAUGAACAAAGUCUGGACACACUCAAGGAAAAUAGCAUAAUCCCUGUUCUGGAACUAAUACCAAACGGAGCCUUCUGGUUUGCGGUCAUGCCUCGAUGGGCUUUGUAUAUUGAUACACCUGAGCCUGUGUACAUCCAUGAAGUUGUUUUUAUCGUACAUUCUCUGCUCAAAGACAUUUGCUCUGGAAAUUUUCUCGUAAAUCACAUCACCGAUGACUGGAUAGGGAUACCCAGGCGCGGUCACCUACGCGCUGAGAAGCGCCUGUUAUCCUACGGCUCGUUUAACCUGAGCAAUGAUACUUCGGCCGGAGAAUUCGACUACAACCCUUUCGUACUUGAUGUCGGUGGUAUGGGUGUCUUUUUUUGUAGGAAGUAUCAGCACAUCACCGACCGACUUCCAAUUCUUGCACCACUUCUCGAUAUGAUGACCCACAGAAACCUUAAACGCCGAUUCACCGCAGACGAGGCAUUGCUAUUUUUUGAGGACCGUGCUGCAGAACUUUCGGAGGCGGAAUUGGCAGCUGCAAUUCGCCCAACGAAAGACAGAGAGGCCGGCAUAAAAUAUGAUAAUUAUGAUAGAUGGGAGGACCUCCCACCAUUAUUCGUGGAUAGAUGGAAAAAGUAUAGAGCAACGCCUGUGCCUUGGUACACAAGAUUGCUUCGCCGAUUCUGCGCAACAGAAUUUGGGGAACGUUAUGUGCCAAAAGCAUCAACAAUGUCUAAAACCGCUCAAGGCAGAAUCACCGGAACAUCUGGUACCCGCUUCACAGCUACCUUUGUCCUUCCUGGAAGCGGCAUGCAGGUCAACUAUCUCGGAAAUUUUAGUUCCAGCAUCCAGACUUUCAACUCGGCAAAUGCCACUUUGAAAUACAAUGCAGACAAUGAGCUCACCGCUACUCGUCAAUUCGACGGCCAGCUCGGGGUCAACAACAUCAAGCUCACGUUGACGAAUGGACCUGUCAUCGAAGGAGUUCUCGACAUGCCUAUCUCUCCUCCCAGCAGCGUUUCUGGAAGCGGUGUCUGGGCCAUCAAUUAG